AUGGAACAACAUCGAGAUAGGGCUGCUGGUGGAUCUGUUAAUAGUCCUCCAUGGUUUGAUGGAGGAUGUGAAAAGUACACUCAAUGGAAGAUAUACAUGAAAUCAUACUUGUAUGCGCAAGAUGAACAUGUAUGGAACAUCGUGGAAAAUGGCUGGAAGACACCAAUAAUCCCAGCUAAAGGUGAGGGCUCAUCAAUCUCUAUUCCUAAGCCACGAAAGGACUGGACUGACGUAGAAGUACGUGAUCUUCAAGCCGACUUCAAAGCCAAAAAUAGCAUUUUCACUGCUCUCUCUGAACGUGAAAAGCUGAGGAUUAGUCACUGCGACACUGCAAAACAAGCUUGGGAUUUGCUGCAGACUACAUAUGAAGGAAACAAAAAGGUUCGUGCACAAAAACUGCAAGGUCUGAUAUAUAAAUUUGAAACUAUGACCAUGGGAGAUGAUGAAACUGUGGAUGACUUCCAUGGUAGAAUACUAAAGAUUACUGGUCAAUGUCGUAGUCUAGGUGCCCCCUUUGAUGAAGAUAAGGUAGUCAAGAAAAUACUUAGAGCCUUACCAGAAAAGUUUCACUCUAAAGUCACUAGUAUAGAGGAUUCUUUUGACAUUGAUGAAUACCCUUUGAAUGAACUCAUUGGAAAUCUGAAAACUUAUGAACUGAGACUAAAACCUGAAAAGAAAUCCAAAGGUGUGGCUUUCAAGGCUGUGAAAGGGAAAGAAGAGGAAGAUGAAUCACUUGAUCUUGCUCUUCUGACCAAAGAGUUCAAAAAAUUCCUUAGAAAUAAAUCCUCAUCUCAAAAUUUCACAGCUCCCAAGAAAAAUGUUGUUAACAAUGAUAACAACAUCAAAGGAAAUUUUAGAUCAAAUAAAUCUGGAAGAAUAAAAUGCUAUGAAUGUGGUGGCUAUGGCUAUAUUUCUACUGAUUGUGGUAACAGGAAGCAUGGAAAUAGCAACAAUAAAUCCCUCCUCUCGACAUGGAGUGAUGAUGAACAUAAGGAGAUUGAAAAUGUUGCCUUCAUGUCGUCCCUUUCACUGGAAUCUGAAAGUGAUGAAGAAUUCUCAGAUGAUGAGACUAAUGUCUGCUGCAAACAACUCUAUAAAGCGUCAAAAGCCACAUUAAUCAAAAAUGCAGGUUUGGAAGAUGAAAUUGUAAUGUUGAAGGCUAAGAAUGAGAAGUUGGAGCUUAAAUGGAGGACUUCUCAAAACACUUGGGAACAAGAAAGGAACAAAUUCAUAGAAGAGCUGCAGAACUCACAAAGUGACAAAAGUUCCCAGACCUGGAAGAUACAAUGUGAUGAACUGAAAAACAAAAUCAAGAUUCUUGAACUUGAGGUAAAGGGACAACAUUCUCUAAACUUAAAUCUGCUAACUGAAAAUGAAUCAUUGCAGGAAGAGCUGAAGUCCACUCAAGAGAAGUUCACAAAGUUUGAAAUAAGCUCUGCAACAGUAUCUAGACUGUUCAGCUCCGGAAAAGCUCACCAUGAUACAUUCGGACUUGGAUAUUCUGGAGAAAGCUCCAAAGGCACACACUUUGUGAGAGAGUCAAGUUCAAAAGUGGAGAAAAGUGAUCCAGUCACCCAAGUCAUCAAGGAUAAUAUCACACGGGCUGACAAGGAACCAAAACCUUCUCAGAAUGUCACUCAAGUAAGAAUGAACCAAAUGCUUUCGACUGAUCAUAACAGGUACUCAACCUUUAAAUCCUUUAUUCCUACAUGUCAUUACUGUGGUAAAUUAGGACAUAUCAGACCGAGAUGCAUUGAGAGACAUAAGUCAAUUCCUUUUAGUGAAGAAAAGCUAUCUGUAAAAUCUUUACAUUGUGAGCUUAAAGAGCAGAAAGAGUUUAUCAACAAAUUGGCUAACCUAAUUACUAAAGCAAACAUGAAAAAUAGAGAUAAACCUGUCUGGAUUAGAAAGGAUUUGAAUAUGACUCAUUCUAAUCACUUUGAUUCAACUAACUCUAUUAGUGAUAUAUGUCUCAUGACAAGUGUAAGUACAGAUAACCCUUCAACAUAUAUUGAAGCAACUUGCCUGGUAGCACUCACUGCAUUGGUAGACAAGCGAAAGGAUUUCUGGUAUGUGGACAGUGGUUGUUCCAGACACAUGACUGGAGACAAAGCUUGGUUCACCUCGUUCGAAGAUGAAAGCACUACUGGCUCAGUUACCUUUGGUGAUGGAAGAAAAGCCAAAAUUCUUGCACGAGGAACAGUCAAUACUCCUGGAAUUCCUAAUCUAAAAAAUGUUUUGUAUGUUGAGGGUUUAACUGCAAAUCUAAUAAGUGUCAGUCACUUGGCGGAUGAUUAUGAGGAUGUUUGGUUCAACAACCAAAGAUGUGUGAUUCUUGAUAAAAAGGGAGAAAAUAUUAUGAGAGGUAAGAGAUCUUCAGAUAACUGUUAUCACAUUCAAUCUAAUGAACUUCUAAAUGUACAGGAUUGCUUGUCUGUGAGAUCUGUCGAAGAAACCUUCGAAAUAUGGCACAGGAGAUUGGGACAUGUAAACUAUCAGGAUCUACUCAAAUUAUCCACUAAGCAAUGUGUUAGAGGUCUACCAGCACUAAACGGUAAGACUGACAAGAUAUGUGGAGAAUGCAAAACCGGAAAGCAAGCCAGAUCUCUUCAUAAAUCAAUAAACUCUGCCACUACCACAAGAGUAUUGGAAUUGCUACAUAUGGACCUCAUGGGACCAGCUCAAACAGAAAGCAUUGGAGGUAAGAAAUACAUACUUGUGAUAGUUGAUGACUUCUCAAGGUACACUUGGGUUAAUUUCCUAAAAGACAAAGCUGAAACAUUUGAAUCAUUCAAGGGUCUCAACCAAAGAAUGAUAGUUGAAAAACAGUCCACCAACAUGUGCUUAGUAAGAGUAAGGUCAGAUAAUGGAACUGAGUUUAAAAAUGCUGCUUUUGCUAACUACUUUCAUGAGUUAGGUGUUUCCCAUGAGUUUUCAGCCCCGAUCACUCCACAGCAAAAUGGAAUAGUUGAGCGUAAAAAUAGAGUGCUGUUAGACAUGGCAAGGGUAAUGUUGCACUCUGCUGGCCUAAGCUCGAACUUCUGGGCUGAGGCAAUCAGUACUGCAUGUUACACCAUAAAUAGAGUCUUUUUGAGACCUGGAACUGACCAAACAGCGUAUGAACUGUGGAAAGGUAAGAAACCAAACAUACACCACCUUCGUGUGUUCGGAAGUCCUUGUUACAUAUUGAGAGAUCGAGAGCAACUAGGAAAAUUUGAUGCUCGAAGUGAUGAUGGUAUCUUCCUUGGAUAUUCUAUUAAUAGUCGUGCUUAUAGAGUCUAUAACAAACGAACUAGGAUUGUUAUGGAAUCUAUUAACGUGUCUAUUGAUGAUUACUACACUAGAUAG